AGCAAAGCCACCUAUGACAUGUCGGCACAACCUGGACAUCGAGUGUCCCACGUACACCAACCUCAGUCGUCUGGGCAGAUCGUGUCCUCCAUCACGGCCUCCCUGUGAUUCGAUGGGGCCCUGAAUGUGUACUUGACAGAAUUCCAAACCAACCUGGUACCAUACCCCCACAUCCACCUCCCCCUGGCCACCUACGCCCUGGUCAUCUCAGCCAAGAAGGCCUACCAUGAGCAGCUGUCCAUGGCCAAGAUCGCCAGUGCCCGCUUCGAGCCAGCCAAUCAGAUGGUCAAGUGUGACCCUCACCAUGGCAAGUACAUGGCCUGCUGCAUGUUGUACAGAGGGGAUGUGGUCCUGAAAGAUGUCAGUGCGGCUGUCGCCACCAUCAAGAGCAAGCACACCAACCAGUUUGUGGACUGGUGUCUGAUUGGAUUUAAGAGGUCAUUCCGAGGCGAGCUGCCGCCCCUGCGGCUUUCGAGGCUCCCAGGACACUGCCGCUUUCCGCUCCCGGGCCGCUCCAUCGUGCCGGGGUGUUUACGGAGAAAAGUGAGGCCUGAGCUGACGAAAGAGAAGCCCACGUGGGCGACAAUACUGGUAGUCCAGGGAGCUGGGACGACGCGGGCGCGACAGAGACUCGCACACUCACGCCGCUUACUAACCCAGCUAGCUAGGACCUCGCCCCGCCCCGCCCCGCCCCGCCCCGGUGGCGGGGCACCUCCGGCUCUCCAGUCUCUAUGGUACCAACUUCCGGCGCGCGCUACCCCUCGCGAGACUUCGGCGGCGCAGCAAUGGCCAGACCAUGCCGCGUCACUGCUCCGCCGCCGGCUGCUGCACACGGGACACGCGCGAGACGCGCAACCGCGGCAUCUCCUUCCACAGACUUCCCAAGAAGGACAACCCGAGGCGAGGCUUGUGGCUGGCCAACUGCCAGCGGCUGGACCCCAGCGGCCAGGGCCUGUGGGACCCGGCAUCCGAGUACAUCUACUUCUGCUCCAAACACUUUGAGGAGAACUGCUUUGAGCUGGUGGGAAUCAGCGGAUAUCACAGGCUAAAGGAGGGGGCAGUCCCCACCAUAUUUGAGUCUUUCUCCAAGUUGCGCCGGACAACCAAGACCAAAGGACACAGUUAUCCACCUGGCCCCCCUGAAGUCAGCCGGCUCAGACGAUGCAGGAAGCGCUGCUCCGAGGGCCGAGGGCCCACAAUUCCAUUUUCUCCACCUCCACCUGCUGAUGUCACCUGCUUUCCUGUGGAAGAGGCCUCAGCACCUGCCACUUUGCCGGCCUCCCCAGCUGGGAGGCUGGAGCCUGGCCUUAGCAGCCCCUUUUCAGACCUACUGGGCCCCCUGGGUGCCCAGGCAGAUGAAGCAGGCUGCAGCGCCCAGCCUUCACCAGAGCGGCAGCCCUCCCCUCUCGAACCACGGCCAGUCUCCCCCUCAGCGUAUAUGCUGCGCCUGCCCCCACCCGCCGGAGCCUACAUCCAGAACGAACACAGCUACCAGGUGGGCAGCGCCUUACUCUGGAAGCGGCGAGCCGAGGCAGCCCUUGAUGCCCUUGACAAGGCCCAGCGCCAGCUGCAGGCCUGCAAGCGGCGGGAGCAGCGGCUGCGGUUGAGACUGACCAAGCUGCAGCAGGAGCGGGCACGGGAGAAGCGGGCACAGGCAGAUGCCCGCCAGACUCUGAAGGAGCAUGUGCAGGACUUUGCCAUGCAGCUGAGCAGCAGCAUGGCCUGAGGGGCUGCUGGACUGACCGAGGGGCUGCCCAGCAAGACUGUAGCCUCUUCCUCAGAUCCCACCAGACCCACCAGGUGCCAUAAUAAAACGGAUUCUAGAUGGA